AUGCCUUGGGUGGGAGGUAAGAUUCCUGAGGUUCGUUCGAAUCAGACAAUUGGUCCCUCUUCGAAAUGGCGAGUUAGUGAAUUUAUAUAUAGGGAUUCCUCUUCUUGGAAAGCUAAUUUGGUUCGUGAACGGUUUGUUUGGAAGGAUGCUUGGUCUAUUUUGGCUAUGGAAGUUCCAAAAGAAGAAGGGGAGGAUUAUAGAUAUUGGAAUUUCACUAAAUCAGGAAGGUUUUCGGUAAGUUCAGGAUAUGAUUAUUUAUUUAAUAAAUAUGCGGUGGACUCUAGGACUUUAGACGAUCAUGACUUAGUUGCUCUUCGGCUUAUCUGGAAAUUGAACAUUUUACCCAAAUGGAAGUAUUUUGUGUGGAAGAUUUUUUAUGAUGGCCUUGCUGUGAAGGUCAAUUUAGUGAGGAGGGGUUUGAAUUGUGAUACUAUGUGUAACUAUUGUGGCUUAGGAGAGGAAGAUUUGCAACAUGUUUUGAGGUUUUGCUCAGUGGCAGAAUUGAGUUGGAACACUAGUUCACUUCGAAUCAAUCCAUUUGAAAAUGAAUCGUGGCCGUUGAGAAAAUGGUUACGUAGCUAUAUCCUGCUUUAUCAUAGCGAGGAUGGGUGGAACGGGGGACGACUUCAGAACUUUAUAGCUUUGCUUUGGAGUUUGUGGAAAGUUAGGAAUGCAAGGGUUUUUAGAGGAGAGGGAGGGCAUCCAGGUGCCGUUUUUGCUAUGUUGGAAAAUCAACUACAAGAAGUGGGUACCUUUACGUCGGGGAGGGAGGAGAGUCCAAUCGGUGGGCCGAGAGAGCCCCCAGGUUACCAUAUGGUGCACAUUGGGAGAGAGAAAGCGUUUCAUAACGGAUUGGAGUGCGAUUUAGCCUGUCAGAAGUCAGGGAAGGCAGGAUGGGGUAUGGCAAUCUCCUCUAACCUUUUGUUUGAAGGAGAGACGGCAGGUGAUCAUGGAAGGGCGGUUUCUUCGGUUCAUGCAGAAGCGAAGGCUUGCCUCCUUGCCCUAACCUGGGCGUCAAAUAGACAAAUUAGUCAAUUACGGGUCAACACGGACUCGGCUGCUCUUAUUUCGUAUCUUCACAUGGGAAAAGUCAGUGAUAUAUCGAUUGUAGGUACUAUAGGAGACAUCAAGGCUAUGGGAUGCAGGUUCCGACAAUGCACCAUUCUAAAAGUUCCAAGACAGGAGGUGGAUAAGGCUGACAAUGUUGCCCGAAGAUGUAGCAUUUUGGGAUACUCGAUCCCUUAA